AUGGGAACCCCGACAAUCAUCUCCGAUGCCCGUCCCCCGGAAGGUGUCAACGCAUCGAACGAAAUCCUCUCGACCGUGUCGCCACAGUCGGCGAAUCCCGAGCCUAUUCUCUGCGAUCAACCGCAAGAUGCGAGUCCUGGGUCCUCCGCGCCAUUCAAGAAACAGCGCGUCACUGCCGCCGCCUCCGAUGCCCCAGACGGCGGCGGCCCCGUUCCCGCGGGUGCGGACGAGUCUUCCGCCGAUCCUCCUUCCGCCAAGCCUUCAGCGACCGCCGCAACGCCCGCAGCAACAUCCGCCGCAGCUGCAAUCGCCCCCGCAGCGGCAGUGGGUAUACCAGCCGGCGUACCAUCCUCCGCACCAGCCGCCCCCAUCCCCGCGUACGUGCCGCCGCCGCACGUGGAGGCGGCAUGGGCGCACUUCCGGCGGCUGGGGUCUCCGCGGCUGCUGGUGGCGCCGAUGGUGGACCAAUCGGAGCUGCCGUUCCGGCGGCUGUGCGCCAAGUACGGCGCGCAGGGCGCGUACACGCCGAUGUUCCACAGCCGACUGUUCGUGGAGGAUCACAAGUACCGGCGGGAAUUCACCACGUGCCCGGAGGAUCGCCCUCUCUUCGUGCAGUUCUGCGCCAAUAACCCCGACACUCUAGUGAAGGCCGCUUCUCUUGUCGCGGCAGAUUGUGACUAUAUCGAUAUUAACUUCGGCUGCCCACAGCGCAUCGCCCGUCGCGGCCGCUACGGCGCGUUCCUAAUGGACGACCUCCCCUUGAUCGAGUCCCUCGUCUCCGCGCUGUCCGCCGCGCGCCUCCCCGCGCCCGUGUCCUGCAAGAUCCGCAUCUUUCCCGACCUCGCGCGCACCAUCGCGUACGCGCGCAUGCUGGAGGCCGCGGGGUGCUACCUGCUGGCCGUGCACGGGCGCACGCGCGAGCAGAAGGACGGCAAGAAGGUGCGCGCGGAUUGGGAGGUGAUCCGGCGCGUGAAGGAGUCGGUGUCGAUUCCGGUGAUUGCGAAUGGGAAUAUCAGGGAUUUGGCGGAUGUGGUGGAGUGUUUGGAGGCUACAGGAGCGCACCUGCACCGCAUGCUGGGGCCUGUGUUCUCUCGGCACCCACACAUUAGAGAGAAGCUCAAUAAGGAGUACAAGCUGACAGUGCCUUGGCUGCAGGACCUUGUUAAGCAGCUGAGGGCGUGUGAGAAAGGGGAAGUAGGGGAGGAGACAGCAGGGGACGGGACAGUUGCUGGUGGUGGUAGUGAUGCUGUGGCUGGAGAUGUUGCUGGGGCUCUUGGUACCGGUAAUAGUGCGCCAGAUGCAAGCCAUGCGAAUGGACAGGCCGUAGCUGUGGCAGGGGUUUAA